CUACCUCAUUUAUGGGAAGGGGUUUCAGACAUGGGAGUACUCUCCAGCCUAUGCCAUCCGCUCCUAUGCGUACCUGUGGCUUCAUGCCCUACCAGCCUUGUUCCACGCUAGAGUCCUGCAGACUAACAAGGUUCUUAUCUUCUAUUUCCUACGAUGCUUCCUGGCAUUCCUGAGCUGUGUUUGUGAACUCUACUUUUAUAAGGCUGUGUGCAAGAAGUUUGGACUACAUGUGAGUCGUCUCAUGUUGGCUUUCUUAGUACUCAGCACAGGGAUGUUUUGUUCAUCAGCAGCUUUCCUCCCAAGCAGUUUCUGCAUGUAUACCACGAUUAUUGCCAUGACUGGUUGGUAUAUGGACAAGACCUCUGUAGCAGUGCUAGGCAUAGCUGCUGGAGCACUAGUGGGCUGGCCUUUCAGUGCAGCUCUUGGGCUUCCCAUUGGCUUUGACUUGUUAGUACUGAAGCAGAGGUGGAAAAGCUUCUUAAACUGGUGUGUGGUGUCAUUGAUCCUGUUUCUGGUGCCCCUGGUAGUUGUGGACAGCUAUUACUAUGGGAAGCUGGUAGUUGCACCUCUCAACAUUGUUUUGUACAACGUCUUCACCUCCCAUGGACCUGAUCUCUAUGGUACAGAACCAUGGUCCUUCUAUUUCAUCAAUGGCUUUCUGAAUUUCAAUGUGGCAUUUAUUUUGGCACUGCUUGUGCUACCACUGACUUGUCUCAUGGAGAGUCUGCUUCAGAAAUUUCAUGUUCAGAAUCUGGGCCGUCCCUACUGGCUGACACUAGCUCCGAUGUACAUUUGGAUCAUAAUUUUCUUCAGCCAGCCCCACAAAGAAGAGAGGUUUCUCUUUCCCAUCUAUCCUCUCAUAUGCCUCUGCAGUGCUGUAGCUCUGUCUGCUCUUCAGAAGUGUUACCACUUCAUAUUCCAGCGCUAUCGCCUGGAGCACUACACGGUCUCCUCCAACUGGUUGGCACUGAGCACUGUCUUUCUCUUUGGCCUUUUGUCACUGUCACGCUCUGUUGCCUUAUUCAGAGGCUACCAUGGGCCUCUGGACCUGUACCCAGAAUUUCACAGGAUUGCUACGGACCCAAGUAUUCACACUGUGCCAGAGGGGAGGCCAGUUAAUGUCUGCGUGGGGAAGGAAUGGCACAGAUUCCCAAGUAGCUUUCUUCUGCCAGACAAUUGGCAGCUCCAGUUCAUCCUGUCAGAAUUCAGGGGCCAGUUACCCAAACCAUUUGCCAAGGGACCAAUGGCCACGCGGAUCAUUCCCACAGACAUGAACGACCAAAACAAGGAAGAGCCAUCUCGAUAUAUUGACAUUUCCAAAUGCCACUAUCUAGUGGACUUGGAUACAGCAGCUGAAGCCCCAAGGGAGCCAAGAUACUCCUCCAACAAAGAGGAGUGGGUAACCAUUGCCUACAAGCCAUUCCUAGAUGCUUCCAGGUCUUCAAAGCUGCUGCGUGCAUUCUACGUCCCUGUCCUCUCAGAAAGGUACACACAGUAUGCAAACUACACUAUUCUGAAAUCCCGCAGAUUGAAACAAACCAAGAGAAAAACAGCAACACACCUGGGUAACAAAACCAACUGACACUCUGGGACAGCUGCCUAAGCCUUCUUCAGUUUCCUUUCUGAAAGAUUGUGCUUGUAAGAUCCACUAAUAAAGAUUUCCAUGAAGUGA